UGGGAGGGGGAGGAGGGGAGGCGACACGAGCCGUCGGCAUGAGGCGGCAGGGCAAGCCGAGCGACAAUAUUAAAGUGUGCCACUGUUGUAACAAUUAACAUUACCACAGUGACACACUCGCACACGUUAAUAUAUAUGUGUAGCAUAUGACGGCGAGGGGGAGAGAGGCUGUAAUCCAUGGAGAAUCACGGAGACGUCGCGGGAGAUAUUUUCGACCCGAUCGUGAUGGCUCCGGAACGGAUACAGGUUCAGGGUUACGAGGAGGGGUUUGAGCGAGGCCGACGCCAGGGUCUCGUCGAGGGCUGGCAGCUCGGCGUCAGGCACGGAGGCGCCAUCGCGGCCGAGGUAGCAUUCUACUAUGGCUUCACGGUUACCUGGCAGAGCCUACUGCAAAGAGGAGGUGAAAGCGAUGUCAAGUCAAGCCGGAAACUCAAGGCUUUGGAGGCGCUAUCCUUGCUCAUCCGUACCUGUCCGGUCCAGGAUGCGACCCAUCCUGAGCUGCAGGAAAACCUGGACAAGAUUCGGGCUAAAUUCAAGCAGGUGUGCUCGCUGAUCAAUGUCCCCAUCCAUAUGAGCCAACCAUCAGCAUCUGGGACCACAUUCUGAUGUCUCUACGCACACGUUAAUAUGCGUGCUCGUUGGACUUUUCUCUGAUUUUCAAACCUGGCCAGAACCGUGGUGUGGAGGUGUACUUCCAAUACUGUGCACACCGCUUCUGCACGGACCAACUUCUAAUCCAGUCUGAACCCUUAUGAAGUCAACUCGGCUUUGAGAGACCGAUGAUGUUGCAUCACUCACCUCCUAUCAAUAACUUGGCUACAUUGGCUUUGAGACUGCUUGGUGAUGAGGUCCCCAGGGGGCUCAGAGGUCAAGGUGUUGGCCUGGGUUAAAAUCCAGGUAGCUGCCUGUGAUUAAACCGGAUUCUCAGGUGUAGUGUGUUGAAGUUCUCAGCCUGGUGACCAAUGAACAUUAAAAAACAAUCACAUUUUUAGCUCUGAGAAUUACAAAAGAUAAACCUGAAUUUCAUAGCGAAGGCUACUCCCGGUGUGAGAUGGAUAGUGUUGGCCCUGACUGAGGACCAAGAUCACUUCAAAGCAUCUUAGAGGUAGCUGUGUGGCAUCUGCUUGGACUGGAUCAUUCUCUAACACCAAGGAUUGCACUGCUCUCUACGAGACCUGAUUUCAUACUUCGUCUGACACCAAGCACACACAAUAAUGGCAACAACAUUUCAAAAUGAAAAAGAAGUGGAAUUGUAAUCAGUUUACCAUAAGCUAAGAUGUGCAACCAUUCAACUCUAUAACCAAUUAUCUUUAAAAGAGCAUUUGCUAAUCACCACCACCCCAACCUCGGCUAGAUUUCUGCCAAGCGGGCAAGUGAAUUCCUGAGAUCGGGCCACAUUGGCCAAGAGCAGUGGAGAAAGUGGUGGGUGGGUAAAAAAAAAAACGUGUGCCAGGGGCCUAGGGCGCGAGACAAGGUCGUGCGGUUUGAGGACACGCCUCGGACUGGCUUGGCACGCUACUUGCAUGGUUCAGGCAGCAGCGUUGCUUUGGCACGCAUAAAACUGGGUGUGGUAAUGUGGGAACAGUGCAAAGCAUUGACCCCAUAACUCCUAAUCCCUCCUCUUCCCACAAAUGUCACUUCUGGAACUGUAGCUGCUUUUACACUUGAGCUGUCAGUUCACAUCAUAUCUGAUGUCAUCGUAUCAGAUGUGAACUGGAUCAACUGGAUCUUGUUCACGGGAUUCAAUGUAAAUCUCCACCCACAAACUAUAUAAAAAAAAUACAUAUCUAGCUUUAGAUAGCUAGUGCGCACCCAUUCCAUAUCGCAAUACACAUGUAACUGGUUCCCACACACGCAAAAAACUGGAAUGUCUGAAGAAAAUGCAGAAAUGAGAAUAACACGGAACAAAUCUGCAGACAGGCCAGCAGCCAACUUACUGCUCUAUGCUGCAAGCCACAAAUACUCUGCAGGCGUUCUACAACAUAUAUUAAACUUGUUUCUAAAGCGAUUUGGUUGUGUUUGAAAUACACGUGGUGAGCUCUAAGUUAUGCACCAGUGCAAUUUCAACUAUAACAAGUCGACCUUUUGAAGUGUAUCACUCUGCUCCAUUGAGAUAGGCAAGUCUUCACAUGCGAUGCUACGCCUCAAUAUUGUGGAAUAGCCCCAGGUUACGGCACACUUCUUAAUCACGCCCACACAGAAGAUCAGUCCCAAGUUGAAUGAGCUCUGCACACAAGAUCUCGGUCUUAAUUUGAAUGAGCCCUCAGUUACGUGGAGCAUGUUUUGCAAUGAUCAGGCAUGUGCAACUUGUAACAUUUAUUUUCCAUCCACGUCAUCCUGUUGAACUUAUUUUGCACUGUAUGUAGCUAACCGGAGGUGCGGGGGAAGAACAAACUAAACAAUGCAGUUCUAAAUCAUUUUUCCCCGUAGAUUUAAAAAUGCAUACAGCUCCAGUGGCUGCCUAAUAUCGGAAGAGCGUCUGAAAGCACGUGAUGCAGUGACCGUCUUCGUUCGAUGGUUAGCCAAAAGCUGCUGCGAGGAUCCAGAGUUUACGUGAUAGUUUAUGCUCCUCGAGAUAGCAGGAUUCGGUUGCAUUUAGACGCUUCCUAACACAGUAUGUUUUCGAGUCGUUUCUUCCAUUGGUAUUCAUGGGUUACAGCUCUUCUCGGUAUGAACUUUGCGGAGGUUGCAACGACAACGGGAGGGAUUUACAAAGAACCGAAGAAAGCGACGAAAAGCCACGAUUCCUUGCAAACUUUAUUGUGUUGACAAAGGCUGUGCAAGAUGGUCAAAUGGACAUUUCCAUUAAAAGAAAUGUUUGAAUUAA